UCGAUGUGCCAGUACAUAGCUGGUAGUAAACCGGAAAGAGGAGCAGAGCAGGUGAACGAUAUUUUGAAGAAUUUUAUUCUCAUUUCUGUGAGAGACCUGGUAGGUUCAUCUAUGAUACAAUCUAUCACCGCUGCGAUGCUGAUCUUUUUGAGAAGGAAUGGCAUUGUCUUAUCCAGUGGUGUGAUAGGUUGUUUAACUGAUCCGUGA